CUAGCUGCUCCUGCCAUGGUUGUUGUCUGCCAAGGUCUCGUGAUCUCGCGAGACUUAAGAUGUCAGCCUCCAUAGUUUAUGACACAGUUAUCGUUUAGCAGAGUGACUUUUAUGUGUUAUUAGUCCUAAAGAUUAAACUUAUCAUGAAUUAUUUACCAGGCACAGCCAGUCUUAUUGAGGAAAUUGACAAAAAGCUUCUAGUGGUAUUGCGGGAUGGAAGAACAUUGAUAGGAUAUCUGCGAAGCAUCGAUCAGUUUGCAAACUUGGUACUGCAUCGCACCAUUGAGCGCAUUCAUGUUGGUCAUGAGUACGGAGACAUUCCACGUGGUAUUUUCAUUGUCAGAGGAGAAAACGUAGUCCUGCUCGGUGAAGUGGAUUCUGAAAUGAAAGCCAGCGUACAACUGAAGAAGGUUUCUAUAGAUGAGAUACUGGAGGCUCAGCGAAUAGAACAGUUGCAGAAACAGGAGAAGGAGAAAGCGCGGAACAAGGCAUUAAUGGAUCGCGGUCUUGCGCCCCACAUAGACACCCACGAUGACUUCUAAUGAGAGCAGACCCUCUGAUUGCAAUUCUGAAUAUUAUAAGAGCACCAACAUGUGAUGAUGCUUCAAUCUGAUGCGAGUUAAUAUUUAUUAAACACUGUUUCCUACAUUAAUUAUUCGAAACUGGAUGUCUUGUCGCAUAUCCGGUGCCACUGCUACUAUACUAUUACUACUACUUUAUCCGAGUUUCAAACCGAUUUACCAUUUCUCUGUUCAAUGCAAAAGAUUUAUGAUUCUAAAUGCUUCAUGCGGCCAUUGCUCUUAUGGUAGUCUGUGCAUUGAAUGUAGUUUUUUUUUUUUUUUAAAUACACAGAGUUUGCCUUGAAAACUACAUGUAAAAUAUAUACACGAGUAAAAUUUAGAGUUGAUAUACAGUAAAAACCCGCGUAUAAGAACCUAGUGAUUAAGAACCUGUUAGGCUAAGGUUUUCCAUUUAGAUCCCCUUGACAGAAGAACCCGUUUUAGCCUAAAAUUUGAAACAGGUUGUUAUUUGAUAAAAUUUAGUUAACAAGUUCAGAGUAAUGUACAAAAACAGUACAGUACAGUGCAGUUUUACCCCGGACCCUCCACUCAGUGUUAUUUAGGGUACGCAUAUGCUCGUUCCC